AGCGAUGAGCCUCCCAACACUCCAGUGGAGUCCAUCGCGGAUCCCUUCCGUGAAGUGCAAGCCCAUCGCAACGACGAAUGCUACGUCGGAGAUGGAGCACAUGAUGCUUUUGAUGUCGACCAUUCAAGAUAUUGAUCGCCAGCGCACGUUGCUCCUGAACAAGGCACAACAACGCUGUGCGUCCACAUCGAGCUUGACCUCCACGAAGAGCAAUCCGCGAACGCGAUCCAUCGCGAACUUCCGACUCGAGCAGCACCGCCUGUCGACCCCCCACUGGGACAGAGUGUUUCCAGAAGAUGUUGGGCUCUGCAGCUUGUGUGGACAAGACAUUCUCAUCCGAGCGCUGCAAUUCCAUCAAGAACAAGAAUGCAGUCAUCGUGUGGUGCGGUGUAAUCAACCUGGUUGCGCCGCGACCUUCCAAGCGUAUUCCAGAGCCACGCACGAAGCACGCGACUGUGUGGUCUCUCAACGGAAUGCGAGGUGGCUUGAAUUACAAGCCCAUGGUCAGCUCGAAGUGUGUUGCUUGGACUGCGAAAGCGUCAUUACAUUGCGUACGACAGCCGCACACUUUGCCGCCGACUGCAUCAAGCGCCUCGUGCCAUGUCCGCGGGCCAGACUCGGCUGCAACCGCACCGACAUUCCAUUUGACCAGCUAGACGCGCAUGAUGCUGACGAUUGCAUUGUCGGCGUGCGGCGGAGGGCGCUGCUUGCGUCCGCCGUGACAACCAACCAACUUAUCCCUUGCGACUGGUGCAACCAGCCCGUUGUCAAGCGCCACUUACUCGACCACAAAGAAGAUGAGUGCUCGAUGCGAGAGCGGCGAUGUCCCAACGCCCACUUAGGCUGCCGAGAAUGGGUUCCCGUGGGUGAUUUCGAGAAGCAUGUUAAAACAGUAUGCUGUGUGACGCUGGAGCGCCGCGCACUAGCUGACCAAGCUAAGUUGAAGGACGGUGUUAUGGCAUGUCGCGACUGCGGGACGAUGGUCAAGCAACGUCACAUGGCCAUGCACCGAUCGGCAACGUGCCCCGCCCGCCUCGUCCCUUGCGUCAACGUCAUCCACGGGUGCAAGGCGCAGCUUCGCUUUCGCGAUCGACAUAUCCACGAGCACGUGGACGUGUCCCCGGAAACGAGGGCGGCGCUGCGAUUUCCGUCGCGCAGUGGCCAUGUUCGCAUUCAGGGCGGCGACGACAUCCAGCCGCCGUGGUGUGCUGAGUUCUGGGUAUGGCUCCACUCCAAGGAAGACGACGUGUUGUUCUUCAUGGAGGAGGCCAUCCGAUGGCAAGAGCGCAUGGACUGCAUGUCGCUUCGACUGAAAGAGUGGCGAGAAAAGCAAAAGCAGCUCCAAGCAGCUCGAAAGCAGACCGUCAAAACCGGACGCGAGAUUUCGGACACGACCAAGACCCUGGAAGCAGAAGCCCUUUCGGUCGGAGAAGGCAUCGCGGGAUGCAAUUCCAUGUUGGCUGAAGCACGCGCCCGUGUCAAGGCUUUCGUGUCCGACGCCCUUGUGAUUGCCAAUUCCAUUGCUGAUCCGUUGGAUCGCGACUCGCUUGACGCGGCGGUGAGGGCUCAGGCACAACGCCUGCAUCCAACAUGGACGCCGGAGGAGCUGGAUGUGUAUGGAAGCGUCGCCAAGUGGUCAGAGUUGGUGCAAUCCACUAAACCCGACGAGGACCAAAAUCACGCAAAGUGGCUAGCCAAGCGCAUGCAAUUGCUCAAAGCGAUCGAGUCGCGCCAAGCGGAGGCUCUGACGGCAAAUCCGGCGGACCCUCGGGAGCUGGCUCGGUUUCUGAAACAAGCCAAAAAGGAACUGGAAAGGCUUGACGAGAAGCUGGCCACGUGCGUGGACAUACCGCUAGGACUAGUCCAACCGAGCAACGGAUUUCACACCCUCGCGUCGUCCAGCACAUCCGGCCUUCACCUGAUUAUGGCGUCGACCGGAAUGCCUGGUGUCCACUCGUAUGAGAAACGAGCAAAAUUCAACGCCGACCUGCCUCGGUGCCAAUGGAUCCACGUGGCGUUCAUUGCAACAGCGGAUGCCAUCAGGUUGUUUGUCAAUGGAGCCAAAGCCAGCGCCGCCAAAGGCACUUUUCAACUUCCUGUGGGGUGGAUUGGAGCAGAGGAAAAGUCGUUUCGUGGGUACCUUCAAGAAGUGCGCUUUUGGGCACAGCAUCGUCCAGACGUCGCCACGACCAUGCACGACGUGCUAGACCCUGCGCCUGACCUACGAGGGUACUGGACGUUGGAGGAAGGCCUGGGCGAUUACGUGGAUGACAUGGCGGGUCAGUUUCCUCGGUCUGCGGCAGUCAACGUCGAAUGGGUCCGCUAUUCCUCAGACAUGGCGCAAUUGCUUGGUGACCCUCCUACGGCGUCGUACCGGCAGCGAAACAUGUGCAAAAUCGUGGCACGAAGGGAUUUCCUGGCCCACAAACAUCACCAACGCAACGGGACAGCCAAGUGCAGUCUCGGAUGUGGCCAAGACGUGGCCAUCAAGUUCAUGGAGCAGCACCACAAAGUUGACUGCCCCCAUCGUACAACGACCUGCCGCGAACCCUUCUGCGGCCACGUGAUCAGGGCGAGCGAGCAGCAAGCCCACGACGCCACGUGUGAAUUGCGACGGCUGCGAGAGUCGUUGGCAGCUGAGUAUUACCGCAAACACGAGUUGGUGCAGUGCCCGUUUGGAUGUGGAGCCGACAUUGCACGAAAAUCGCUGCCAAAACAUCGCAAGACCGAGUGUGCGAAUCGGUUGGUGGUGUGCGAUAAGUGUGGCCGGUCGUUUGCCCAACGCCAUGCGAGGCACCACGACCUCCACGACUGCGACGCGCCCCAAGUCGUCGCGACAAAGCUGAUGGUGGCGCGCGCUCGAACGCGCCAGGAAUCGAGAAAACAAUUCGCGAACAACAGACACAAGUCGGCCGGCGGCGAACGAAGUAAACUCGGUUAACUAACACGCUCCGUUUUCCUCGACACCCUCUAGGGCGUACGUCAGCACAGACGGGACGUAGCCCAUGUAGAGCCCCACGACACCCUUCCUGAAGAUGUCUCGAGAGAUGCUGAGCAGACCGUGGGUCUUCAACUUACGUUAGUGGCGGCGUGUACGUCUGCCACAUGAGCAAGAUGCCACCGAUGACAAUCGCGGAUUGGAGUGACCGGAUCUCACGCUGUGGGCAAACUUUU